UACUCUGCGUAAGUAACUUCUUAUGCUAGAUCGUAAGAAGGCAGACGAAGAAGCUGAGGAAGAGAAGGAGGAAAGGAACAGUGGUUUUGGAACUCGGAACGACACCAGAGAACAUGAAAGAACGGAAAUCAUGGAAUCCAAACGAAAUUCGAAAUGCUCCUGGAACUGCCUGAAGGAGUGCCCUCACUUCUUUGUUGUGUUCGGCUUCGUGACUCUCGUGUAUUGGAACAGUCUCACCGGGGACUUUGUGCACGAUGACAAUCCGGCCAUUCUACAAAAUCCCAUGGUCACGGAUGCCAACACCUCGAUCUGGAACAUCCUCACCCACGAUUUCUGGGGCACGCAGUUGGACUCGAGUGCGUCGCACAAAUCUUUUCGACCAAUAACCACUUUGGUGUUCCGAUUGUUGUUCCAAUGGGGUGGGGGUAGUCCGGUUCCAUUCCAUGUGUUUAACUUGUGUCUUCACACAUUUGUGACCUGGGCCAUAGCCACACUCCCAUCCAAAUUGAUGCCUUCCACAACUGAUACAACUACAGCAACAAAAUCGUUGUCUUUCAACUGCCUGGCUGCGCUAUUCAUCGUUCAAUCGAUCCACACAGAAACUGUAUCGGGAUUGGUUGGGGCAGCCGACCUUUUGGCCACGUCACUGAGCAUAAUUUCGGUAUACUUAUUUCACAAGUUGAUCUAUUCAGUGCAGAUUUCGGAUUCGCCUGGGAUCCUAUUUUGUGCUAGCCAAGGAUUUCAGAUUCUUUCGUUGCUUAGUAAGGAGUCCGGCGCUAUGACACCGUUUAUCAAAUCAGCUCUCUUGAUCAGUCAAGAGACAGUUUCAUGGCGGAAGUUGCUUAAACGUGGGAAUUUGGGAGCAAUUUUCCUGGCGGAAAUAGCUUUGUCUGUCGUUUACAUGUUCGCACGGAUAUUUCUGGUUACGAGAUUCUGCCCAUGGCCCAUCUUUUCUCCGAUGGAUAAUCCCGCUGCAUUUCACUCCAGCAUCUUCACCAGAGCCAUGACGUUUCUUUAUCUCUCGAUCUAUUCGUUAUGGUUGAUGAUUUGCCCAAUUUCCUUGUCUUACGACUGGCAAAUGGGCUCCAUUGAAUUGAUCGAAAGCGUUUGGGAUACCAGAUGUCUCCUCGUGCUCACUUUCUACCCCAUUUUGGGCGGGUUCCUUUACCAGCUUUGGCGACCUCUGCGUCCAGCUUCUUCGUCCUCUUCUUCUUCUUCCUCUUGCUCUGCCAUUUCGCAGACGGCAUGCACGACCAGCACCAGUGGCAGCAUUAGCAGCAUUAGCAGCAUCAGUGGCGUCAGUGGCAUCAAUCGUUGUCCAUCCUCCCCAUCUGGCCCGAGAUCCAUUCAAGGCCCCGAGGAUCGCACGUUGGAUCGAUUCGCCACCUUAAUCCUGAUCUUCUCGUAUAUUCCCGCAUCCAAUCUGGUGUUCUAUGUGGGGUUUGUCUUGGCCGAAAGAGUGCUGUACAUGCCCAGUAUCGGUCUGAGCCUGCUGAUAAGCCAUGGAUUUACUCGACUCAUCCAAAGUCGAUCCCAAAUCACAGCAUUGGUGGGAAAAAUCUUGUUUGCCAUUUUGAUCGUGAGCCAGGGAUUGAGAACAUGUCAGAGGAACCAGGAUUGGCAAUCCAGAGACGCCCUAUUACGGGCUGGGGUGAAAACGCUGCCUCACAAUGCGAAGGCCCAUUACAACUUGGCCAAUGCCUGCAAAGACAAUGGCCGACUGGAAGUGGCGGUGGCCCAUUAUAAAGAGGCGAUCAAAUUGUGGCCAACUUACACCGAAGCCCAUAAUAACCUGGCGGCCAUUCUCCCGGAUCCAAAGGAGGCUACCAAACAUUUGGAAAUGGCUUUGACCAUUGAUCCUGGGCAUCCAACAUCCCUCUACAAUCUGGCACUCAUGCUCAGCCAAGAUGGUCAAUGUGCUCAGGCCAUUCCUCUCUUGGAGAGAAGUCUGGUUGAGAGAUACAAUUUCGAGCCUGCUCAGCGACUCUUGCUGGAAUGUCUCCGUCUCUCACCCAAGUUCGAGUCCAAUCCUCAUCAAUUCCUGUUGCCAAUGGACAUCCAUUCCGAAGUGGACUUAACCCUGAACGAAUUGGUGGACGUUUACAUCCGCAUGCGACAUUGGGAUAAGGCCUUUCAAUUGUUGCAUUUCUGUCUCGAAAAACGCCCUUCGAGCAGUGUGGCCUACUACCAAUUGUCACAAGUGUACUUCGAGCAACGGAAAAUCAAUUUGGCCCUGGAGGCCGUGGAAAUGGCCAAAAGGACUUGUCUCCAGACGAAUUUUUGCUCUCAAAUCCAAUUGCAAGAGGCCGACAUCUGGCAAGAGAGUCUUGAUUUCGAGAGGGCCGCCGAGGGCUACAAAGAGGCUUUGCAGCAGUUUCCGGACGACUCGCGAAUCCUCCUGAACUUGGGCUCCUCGUAUCACAUGAUGGGCGAGAGGCACAAAGCUCGGCAAUACUAUGAAAAGGCUUUGGCUUUGAAUCCGAGCAAUUCUUUGGCUCAAACGAAUCUCGCCUUGCUUCAAUGGGAACAAACGAACAAAACGCUCGGAAGUAGUUGGUUUUGGGACCACCAGUCACUUAGUACCAGUUUCCAAAACGAUAUUUGAGCUACCUUGAAAGUGACAUGAUACGUAAUACGUGAACGAAAAUAAUCAGCAAUAAUUCAAAGAUAGCAAUAACUCACCGUUACAUACUCUGCUUAUCCAUGUAGUAGAUUCCAGUUUUAUAAAGAUUGUUGCCAAAUAUACUCGUCCGUCUGA